UCUUCUCCUGCCACUGCCAGUACCAAAACGGUUCUCUUAUCAAAGAAACACAUAACCAAAAAACUGCAUUCAAUCACCUCCUUUUACCAUGGGAAGUGCUUGUUUUUCCUGGGACGUUUGUUUGUUUUUCGUCCUCAUUAAUACUUGUGAGGUGAUGGGGAAUGUUGGACUCGCAGAUGCCGAUGAGUGCUCUGAAGGCACGGAUGACUGUCACAUUGAUGCUCUCUGCCAGAAUACCCCCAAAUCCUUCAACUGCAUCUGCAAGCCGGGGUACAAGGGAGACGGCAAGCAGUGCGAAGACAUGGACGAGUGUGAGAAUGAGUACAACGGAGGCUGUGUCCACGAGUGUAUCAACAUCCCGGGCAACUACAGGUGCACCUGCUACGACGGAUUCAUGUUGGCCCACGACGGACACAACUGUCUGGAUGCUGAUGAAUGUGGUGAUGAGCUUUUCUGUUCCCGCCUCAAGUUCCCCUGCAACGCCCUCAACCCCCCCCCCCCCAAACUUGUUUUCAGCAAGUCAGAGAGGACAGAGGUCGCCAGAGAAGGGCACUCCCAUUCCUCCUAA